ACCUAGCAGGAAUAUGCCAGCAUGGCUAGGGCCAUUUUUAAAGAAGACAUUCUUUGGGACAUGUUUGGUCCAUGAUGAACUUCAAAAGAACGAACUGAACAAGUAUUGCAUCACAUGUGAUUUAGAUUUAUGCAGACAUUGCAUCUCUACAAAGAAACAUGACGAUCAUGACCUACUAAAGAUUUAUCGACAUGUUUACAAAGACGUUGUUCCUCUUGAGGAGAUGGAGAAUCAUAUUGACUGCGACAAAAUUCAGCCAUACAAAUGCAACAAGAAAUGGGUUAUCGCUUUGAAUCCGCUGCCACAUUGUGGAUCUGGCUCUCUAAUUUUUGGAGAUCCUACUUGUUACACUUGCAAAAGGAGAUUGAAUGACCCUGACCAAUUUCGUUACUGUUGCAUUGCUUGUCAGGUGGAAGCCAAAUGGGGGAAGAGUGUACUGGAGAUGAAGCAGAAGCGCAAGAGAAAGGGAAUUCCUCGUAGAGCUCCUUUUAAAUAA